CAACAAACCCCUGCUUUUCCCGCCGUCCUUGAUCGUCGCAACUUCUUUCGCCAACCCUUGUCGCAUAACAACUGCGAGAGAGCAAGUCAAGAUUCAGCCGGAUUCGCAUCGUCUUCGUCCCAUCAUGGACAGCCCCGAACCCGACACGCCCUUUGCGGCCGUCAGUGCUCAAACAACAAGAGCUGGAAUGCUCUACCAAUCUUACCUGGACAAGUCGACACCGUACAAGACAUAUCGAUGGAUUGGAACUGGCGUCGUCUUUGCCAUGUUCGGCCUACGUAUCUUCCUGGCUCAAGGCUGGUACAUUGUCGCAUACUCCCUCGGCAUCUACCUCCUAAACCUCUUCCUCGCCUUCAUCUCCCCCAAAUUCGACCCUGGUCUCGAGUCCGCCGAAGACAUGGAAGAAGGCAGUAGCGGCGACCUUCCCACAAAGUCCACCGACGAGUUCAAGCCUUUCGUGCGCCGUCUCCCCGAAUUCAAGUUCUGGCACGCCGCCACUCGUGCUAUCGUGCUCGGGUUCUUGUGUUCAUGGAGCGAGAUUUUCAACUUGCCCGUCUUUUGGCCUGUUUUGGUGGUUUAUUGGUUGAUUCUCGUGGUUUUGACCAUGAGGCGUCAGAUCCAGCAUAUGCUGAAGUACAGAUAUGUUCCAUGGGACUUUGGCAAGAAGAACUACGCCGCCGCUAAGAACAGCAACUGAUCCUUUUCGCGGAAAGAAAAUGUCACUUUAAUGUUACACGAGCUCGCGCCAAUCUGUAUUAACAAGGAACGCACUGAUCACGAAGCACGAAGAUGCAUGCGCGAAAACGGGCUAGGAUGUUGGGAGGCUUGGGUAUGAUAGGAGUAUAAAGGGACUUUGACUGUCAGCCUCUCGUAACUUGGUGCAUUCUAUCGGUCGUUCUUGAAAAGCUUUGUGACUUCUUGCAUAGAGAUCUGUCUAUCAAUGAGUGUUAUUUAACAUUUGGGGGUAGUCUGUUUGAAGGCUUCUGAGCAUUCAAGAGGCCACUGUCAGAAACAAGCCCUGAGAAACCAUUAAACAAAAAGAUGUCGGUUGACCCAUCGGUAUGCUAUAUAUCAGGCAUCAGCUAUAGCCCAUCAAGAGGUAUCUAGGUCUAGUUGCCUAGUGCAAUUUCAAGGCAGACAGCACGCGUUGGCAUGAGCCAUGAUAGAUGAAA